AUGUCGGACCAUAUUGUUCUGCCUAUAAGCGAAGAGCAUGUUGAACCGAUUACAAAUCGAAAGAACGAAAUAGUUAGUCACGUAGAGUCAAUUUUGCCUCCGGCGAAGAUCGAGAAGAUUACUCAUCGUUUCAAUGAGAAGCUUGCGCAUCUGCAGCAGUUGAUACGUGACUGCAACCUUCUGAAUGCAGAACUUCGAGAAAUGAGCCCGCUAGAGCAAGUAUUUUUGGGUGUUGGUGAUGUGAUAAGGAAUGAAAACAUUUCCGUUGAGUAUCCUCGAUCUGCAAGCGCAGAAAUUACUGCAAAGUCGACUUGUUUAGAAGCGGAAGUAGCGGGUGCGGCUCCAAUUAAUACCACUCAGCCGAAUCCUCCAUCGGGUGCCUGUGAAGAGCCAAAAGCAAUUUCUGGUAAUAUUAUUCGCACUGUAAGUGAGACAGAAUUUGAAGAGAUUCCCAGGUAUAUGCGUGGUCGUAUGACCCGUGCUGAACUGAAUGAGAUUGUUGUAAAACUCGAUGAGUUCUUAAUGCAGAAGCGCCGUUUAUUGAACGCUCCUUUUAAAAAGCUAUCUAUAAAAGAUAAGGAUCAAGUCGGCAAGUGGAAAGAACAGGAAACCCCUGCUACUGCUAACAAACUAUUCUGCCAAGAAGCUGACGUUAAGCCUGAACUAACAGAUCGUGGGCGAGUCCUAUUCCGUUCGGUUAUUCCUUGUUUGCGUCAUGUUCGCCGUAUUAGGGAACCCAUUAUGUCAAAGGCUUUCUCAUUACUCUUGUUCAGUCUCAGCUGUUCUUUAGGAAUUAUGACCGACGAAAAAUACGAGAUUAAACGAAUUUUAGCUGAGAGGAAAGCAGAUGGAAAACAGGACAAGAUGGAGUAUCUAGUGGAUUGGGAACCAACGUGGGUUUUCGAUUCGGACAUGGAUGCAGGCUUACUGGACGACUUUCACUACUCUGUCGUCGUGCUAGGUCCAAUUCACACUCCUGAGAAUAUUCAAAAGAAGUCCAUAAAAGACAUGGAUAUAGUUAUCCAAAGAGAAAGCAAGCGCGACAACGAGAAAGAUGGAGUUAUUCUUGAACUGAUGCCCUAUGAACAGGUAAAGAAACUGUACCCGGACGAGCUCUUCGCGUACAUAGAAACCACCUUCAGUUUACCUGAGGACAUGUGUCAACCAUAUGAAAAGGAGGAUAAUAAGAAAAAGCCCAAGAAAAAGAGCACCAACAAUGUUAAAAAGAAGUCAGCUAAGUAA